AUGGAAACGUGUGCGAUUUGCCUGGAGGACUAUGAGUGGGGGGAUAGGCUGCGCCUGCUGCCCUGUUCGCAUGAGUUCCACGUUGACUGCGUUGACCAGUGGUUGUCCACUCGUCGCCUGUUCUGCCCGGUCUGCAAGCGAGACGCACACCCCCCCACCCACCUCUCCCCUUCCUCCCCUCCUCUCGCCUCCACCUCCUCCUCCUCCACCACCGCUUCCGCUGCUUUAGCUUCCUCUUCCUCUGUCGCUGCUUCGACUGCUCUCUUCGUCUCCUCUCUGCUCUACCCUCUCAUCCGCUCCUUCUCUCCCCUCCCAUCCCUGCCCACCGCAUCCAACUCCACUAAUACCGCACCCAACCCCUCAAAUUCCGCAUCUGGAAGCAGCAGGAGAACCAGACCUUCCCGAUCCUCCUCCUCCUCUUCUUCCACCUCCUCAUCCUCCUCCUCCCUCUCCUCUCCAUCUCCCCACUCUCCCACAAACCCCAUCACCGCACUCCACCCUCCCGGACUCUCUCUCUCCUCCUUCCCCCCCUCAGCCACCCCACCCACCUCCAUCCCCACUCUCCCCUCCUCCCACUUCCCCACUCCCCGGUUCAUCGCAGCUUCAACCGCCUCCUCCUCCUCCCUUUCCCCUCCUGACCCGUCCCGCGAACCCUUUUUGCUGCAUCACCCUUCGAGGGACUCAGAUGAUGAAGAGACGGGGGAGAUUAGACCGGUUCCCAUGCCAGGGUUUACCCCGCCGUCGCCUCUACCCUCUCAUUUGCAGGUCACAGAUUGA